GAAAACCUUUAUAUAAAUUUGAAAUUAAUAUAAUUCUUUUUAUUUAUUCUAAGCACAAAGAAGCUACAGAAUAUAUACAAGUGCUGUGUAUCAAGUCCCAUGAACACAUCGACCAACUGGGCAGCUCCAAUUGUGUGGCAUGGCACGUUCAAUGAAUUUAUACUGGAAAAGUAUUACACAAGUCAUAAAAUUACUGUGGGGUUGACUGUGUUUGCUGUGGGAAGAUACACUGACUGUUAUUUGUAUACAUUUAUAUCAUCUGCUGAUACAUAUUUUAUGGUUGGCCAGAGAGUCAUAAUUUAUGUCCUGAUAGAUGACUUCUCCAAGAUGCCUUGGAUAGACCUGAGUCCCCUCUGAACAAUGAAAGUUUUUGAAAUCAAGCGAGAGAAGAGAUGGCAAGAUAUCAAUAUGAUGCGCAUGAAGACCAUCAGUGAACAUGUUAUAGGUCACAUACAAUAUGAAGUUGACUUCCUCUUCUGUAUGGAUGUGGAUCAAAUCUUCCUAAGAAAAUAUGGACUGGAGACUCUGGGGGAGUUAGUAGCUCAGUUACAGGCUUAUUGGUAUAAGAGAGGUCCCAUAGAGUUCCCUUAUGAGAGAAGUCAAUUAUCAGAAGCACAUAUACCAAUUGGCAAGGGAGACUUUUAUUACCAUGCUGCUGUAUUUGGUGGCACUCCCAUUCAGGUUCUCAACAUUGCCAAGGAUUGCUUCAAAGGAAUCUUGAACAACAAGAAAAAUAACAUUGAAGCAGUGUGGCAUGAUGAAAGUCACUUAAACAAGUAUUUCUUUCUCCACAAACCCACUAAACUCUUGUCACCAGAGUGCUGCUGGGAUUUAUUUAGAAACAAUAAUGAUGAGAUUAACAAUUUUAAACUUUAUUGGGCUAUUAAAAAUUAUGAGUAUGUCAGACAGACAGAGUUAUUGUAGAGCCCUUCCUUUUUCUGAAUUUAAAAGCAUCGUUUUAUUUUUAGAAAAUUAGUACUGGAUAAACUUUAGCACUAAAAAAAAUUCACUAACAAAAUGACAAGUCUACAAACACAGUAUAUUCAUACUUUUUCUCACACUGAUUUUGAAUCAUAUAACAUGGGAUAUAGGAGUUGCAGAAUGAAUGUAUUGACAUCAGAUGGAGAUACAGUGUUUUCAUAUCUUACGUGAAUUUUGAGGAAAUAUUUUUUUGGAUCACAUUGGACAAAAUAGUCUUUCAGAAGAAAAUGAACAAACAAUCCAAA